AUGUUUUACUCUUGCCGUACCAAAUUCCGUCCCGCAACCAGUGGUCCAAAGAACCAGAGCUUCUCUGUCAAAAAACUAAUGGCAGCCGACAGCGAAGAAGUCGGCCAAGACAUCAAUUCUAAUCCAAUCGGAUUUCUACACCGAAAAUAUUUAAACUGUUACCAUACCAAUGCUCAAGGACUCUUCAGCAAAUUUCCAGAGCUGAAUUUUCGAUUCAUAUCAGGUCAAUGGGAUAUUAUUGCUAUUACAGAAACGUGGCUUACAGCUGAUAUUCCGGACUCCGAAUUGUCCUUACCAGGAAUGUCUCUGCUCCAAUGCGAUCGUCCUACCCGUGGCGGUGGUGUUCUACUCUAUUAUCGUAAAGACCUUGAUUGCGAGCAAAUCCAUCCUCCAGUUUCGACU